GUCGCGCCGGAAGAGAAGAAGCUCCUUUCCCCAGCCAUCUUGUGGCUUCACCUAGCGAAGUGUUCGCAUCAAGCCUCGUAGAAUCGGAGGAAAAUCCUGCUGAAGGGGCGCCAUCAUGCCCGGACAAAUGCAAGAAGGUUUUGGCAUCGCCGUAACCAAUCGAUACGACCAAUUAUUGGACGAUGAAUCGGACCCGUUUGAGCUGAUGAAGCAGGCUCAGGCUGAGGCGAAGAAGAAGAAGAAGGAGCCUGCCGCUCCCGGUGGCGCCAAGUCUGCAGCCCAGGCGGCCAAACAGCCCAAAAAGGAGUCUCAAAAAGACAGAAAAACCCCGUUGACCGACAAAAAGGCGGAGCCCCAGGCUCCCGUCCCGCUCAAGAAAGAUGGCCCCGGCAUGAGGAGAAUGGGCCGCAAGCCAGAGGGCGAAGGCCCGCGACCCCAGGGUGGCCAGCAGGGAGAGGGACGCCCACCGGCAGACAGGCGGCCGACAGAAAGGCGGCCACCUGCUCGCCGCUUCGAGAGGCCGCCCGGCGAGCCUGGCGACAAGCCCGAGGGAGGCGAAUUCUCAGUGGAGAAGCCCAUCGGCGACAGGCCGAUGAGGGGCCGCGGUGGCGGCAGGGGCUUCCGUGGAGGCAGAGGGCGCGGCAUGGGUCGCAGCGACGGCUUUGACUCCAGGGGGAAACGGGAAUUUGACAGGCACAGUGGCAGCGACCGAUCCGGUCUGAAAGGCGAAGAGAAGCGAGGCGGAAGUGGAUCUCACAACUGGGGCACAGUCAAGGAUGAACUCAAUGAACUCGACCAGUCAAACGUCACAGAGGAGAACCCCGAAGGCGAGGAACAUCCACCCGCCGGCUCAGAGAAUAAGGAGAAUGAGGUGGAGGAGGUGAAGGAGGAAGGCCCCAAAGAGAUGACGUUGGACGAGUGGAAGGCCAUGCAGGACAAGGACCGCGCCAAGGUGGAGUUCAACAUCCGCAAGGCCAACGAGGGCGCCGACUGGAACAAAGGAUUCGUGCUGCACAAGUCCAAGGCUGAAGGUAAAAAGGAUGACCUGAUCGACUCAGAGGCGUUUGAGUCUAAGAUGGAGGAAGAGCCCCACUUCCGCAAGCCGGCCAACGACAUCACGUCCCAGCUGGAAAUCAACUUCGGAGACCUCGGGCGGACGGGCCGCGGACGCGGCGGGCCGCGAGGAGGGCGGGGAGGACGCGGGCGCGGCGGCCCGCCCCCCGGCGAGCGCGGCGGGGACACCCCGAGGCCGCCCCGCGGAGGAAGAGCCGAGAAGUCGACCGCUAUGGUGCCCAACGUGGACGACCCCGAGGCCUUCCCAGCCCUGGCCUGAGAGCCUUGGCUACACCUUGAGGGAGUGGGGGGGAGGGCCACAGGAAGCCUCCCCCGCCCCGUCCCUGAGCACCUCCACUACGAGGCUUGCAUGUUCCUGGAUCCUUCAGCUAAGUAAAAACGACGGAAGACCGUCAUGAACUGUGGCACUCAAUGUGAGGACUGCGUUUUAACCAAUAAAAAAACAAAACCGAUGGGGGAGGGGGAAAAAAAGAAAUUAAGAAAAAAAACCUCAAAAAAAAGAAAAUGGACUUCUUGCUACUCGAGAGCAGCUUAUUGGUAGAGGUUUUUGUACUUGGAAAUAAAGUAGCAGGGAUGCUUUCAUACAGUAUUUUUUUCAGAGGUUAUGCAUUUGUCCGUUGAUAGAAUCUUUUGUAAUUGUUGCGUAAGAAAAUACACAUUUGGAAAACAGUCAAACAUCGUUUUUGAUGUGCACCGCUGCCCGUUUGCCGGUGGUCCUUCUGUUACGGCUGCAUUCAUUGAGAUUGGUCUGGUUGUUUUUAUUUUUUGCUUUAGCACUGGAAUAUAAUUUUGUAUUUUCUACCACAGGAAGGUCGACAUUCUUGAAACUAAAGACCUGUAAAAGGUUUCAUAAAGUCUUUGGAAUUGAUUUAUUUGAUUGCGCUGCAAACAGAACGUCUCUUUGGUGACGAGGCUUUGUUUUGUAUGGCAAAAUUUUUUUGGGGGGGGGGCUUGAUUUUAUUUUCUUUUAUUUUAACCACAAUAGCGUAACCCCAACCCCCGGUAAAUUCAUUGGAAGCCAUCUCAUCGGCUUCGUUUGAGAUUAUUUUUUUAAUGGAGGUGGCGGGUAGGAAGCGUCUUCAACCCGCUAUUAUUUACACACUCCGCUUCAGUCCGUCUCUGCAGUCUGCCCUGCGCGGGGCCGGUACGGUUUCGUUGGCCGCAGCAGCCCGCAACACCGCCACUCGCAUAAUCGCUCUGAAAGAAAUAGCAGCUGUCCUUCAUUGUGUGGAACAACUGACGUGCUCCUGCAAAUGUGUGAAUUCCUGCCCUGCUAUUGGAGACCUCUGUCGGUAAAUAAAGAUGGUCGGUAAA